UUUUCUUUAUCCUCCGUAGUUGGCAUUCAACUGCUCAGAACGGCAGCUGUUCCAACAUGUUGCUUCACAGUCCACCUUAUUUGUUCGUUUCCAAAGUUAUUCGGGUUUUAAUCAUAGGAUUUUUACUAGUUACAGUUUCAAUGCAAUACUACAAUUAUCAUAAAUCCAAAUUCAACUGUAUAGAAAGUGUACCAACUCACGUGAAUGAUCCUCAAACUGGGGAGGGUGAUGAUCAAGGCGUCCCGCUGUGCCCAAUAAUUUCACCCAAGUUGAUUGGCUGGACAAACCUCUCUGUUGAGACGACGUCGUCUAUUCUUGACGAAGACGAGAGCGUUGUGGAACUGCGGAUGAAAGAAGCUGGACUUGAAGCUGGAGGUAAAUACGAACCGAAAGAAUGUCGUUCGCAGCAGAGGGCAGCCAUCAUCGUUCCAGUACGAGACAGAAAAGACCAUUUGACUGUCUUCUUGCGUUACAUGCAUCCCUUCCUACAGAGAAAGCAAAUGAGCUACGUCAUCAUCGUUGUGCAACAAUCUGAACAUUUGCCAUUCAACCGAGGAAUGCUGAUGAACAUUGGCUUUAAAGAGGUCCAAUUAUUAAAAGAGAAAUACCAAUGUCUCAUUUUGCAUGACGUCGAUAUGCUUCCCGAACAUGAUGGCAAUCCGUACACAUGUCCGGAGGAAGGCAAGCCUCGACAAAUGGCUUUUUCCAUGAACUACUUUAAGAACUACACGUAUCCGGUGGGUGAAGGAUUUUUCGGAGCAGUAACGGCAAUAUCGACUGCAGAUUUCCAACGAAUCAACGGGUUCUCCAAUUUAUUUUGGGGUUGGGGUGGCGAGGACGAAAAUCUCUAUCAUCGCGUUAUCUCACAAAACCUGACCGUCGUUAGGCCGUUUGAUGGCCAGCCGUUGCAUUCGGUUCGUUACACGAUGCAAUCCCAUAAGAGAGCCGUGCCCAGUCUGGGACGCUUGGAUGUCAUAAAAGGAGGUCGAAGUGCAUUCCAGACCGACGGACUAGUCAACCUGAAUUAUCAAAAACUCAAUUACCAACUUAAUCCAUUAUGUACUCACGUCCUUGUCGGCUUACAACCAUCAAACACGUCAGCCAUAUAACCGUUGCGGUGUCGUCAAACGUAGUUCGUCCUUUCAUUGUGGGAAAACG